AUGUCCCGUUUGGUAAAAGAAUAUAAAGCAAUUAUGGCGCAAGACGAUAUUUUGUUACUACCACAAACUCAGGAUGAUCUUGCAUCAUGGAUCGCUAUUCUUGUUGGACCUAAGGAUACUCCCUUUGAAGGAUAUGAUUUUCGAUUAUUAAUAACUAUUCCAGAAUCGUACCCUAAUACUCCACCACAAGUGAAAUUCGAACCAAAUCAUAUGCCUCAUGUAAAUGUCAAUUACGAAACAGGAGAAAUCUGUCUCGAUAUAUUGAAAGGUGAGUGGUCACCUGUUUACAAUUUAUUAUACACGGUUCAAUCUAUACAACGACUACUGAGUGAACCGAAUGCUGACUCUCCAUUAAAUUUGGAAUUGGGGAUUCUAAUGCGAGAAGGUGAUCAAGCAGCUUACAAUGGACUUGUCAAAUAUUAUCUGACAAGGAAUGACUCGACUAAAUGA